AUGAGUAAAAUAGGAAAUGGAGCUUUUGGAGAAGUGUUUUUAGCUGUAAAUUCACAAACAUCAGACCAACAACAAACAACAACAGAAUACUAUGCUGUCAAAUUGGAAUUAAUGCCAACACGUAACCAACAAAAUAUGGCAGGAAAACAACAAUUGAUCUAUGAAGCUAAGGUUAUUAAUUAUUUAUUCGGAACACACAGUAGUAAUAACAGUAGCAAUAUGCCACAAACACCAGUUGUGGGAAUACCGAGAGUCUAUUGGUAUGGAUCUGAAGGAGCAUACAAUAUCAUGGUUAUGGAUCUUUUAGGACCAUCUCUUGAAAGUCUUUUCAAGAAAUGUAAUCGUAAAUUCUCCUUAAAGACUGUACUCAUGUUAGCUGACCAAAUGAUUCAACGAGUUGAAUUUACACACCGUAGGAAUUUUGUCCAUCGUGAUAUUAAACCAGAUAACUUUUUAAUGGGAAGAAAACCAUCAUCUAGCGGACAAGUUUCUUCAUCCACCAGCACGACAGCAAAUGGAAACUUGUCAAACUUUGGAUUAUCUAAAAUGUACAUUAGCGAUAAAGGACACAUUCCUUUAAGGAAAGAUAAACACCUCACAGGUACUGCUCGUUAUGCUAGUUUGAAUAAUCACAAAGGAUAUGAACAAUCAAGAAGAGACGAUUUGGAAUCACUGGGAUAUGUAUUAUUGUAUUUCCUCCGAGGAACACUUCCAUGGCAAGGUUUGACAGGAAAGACUAAAGAAGAUCACUAUAACAAUAUUUAUAACAAGAAGAAGAAUAUCAAGGUUGUUUCUCUUUGUAAGGGUUUACCUAUUGAGUUUGCUACUUAUUUGAAUUAUACCAGAGGUUUGAAGUUUUUCCAAGAACCUGACUAUUUGUAUCUGAGGAAUUUAUUCCUUAAUUUAUUCGUGAGAGAAAGAUACUCAUUGGAUUAUGAAUGGGAUUGGAUAGUUCAAGAACGAAAGCAACGCACGGAACAACAAUCACAACAAAGAUAA